CCUGUGCUGGAGAGCAGGCCCUGAGGUGUCCCUGAGCAAUGGCCCGGAGGUGAACCCAGAGCUGUCCCUGAGGUGGCCCUGAGAAGAAGUGGAAGGCAGAGGUGGUGCUGAGGCAGGAGAGCCCCGUGCUGGGGAAGAGGCUGAGCUGGGAGUGCCCAGCAGUGAGAAGGUGCUGUGUCCAUGCCCUGUGUGCCAGGAUGGCCUAGGGAUGGACUUGGGCAGGAGGAAUCCCCAAGGCAAUGCGCUCAGCCCUUGUUUCCCCCCAGCAGGAUUUGUCCUUCCCAAAGCUUGGGCAGAUGGAGGAGGAGCCUGCGAGGAAAAGGAAAAAGCCACAGGCCCCCCAGGUAGGUGAGGAGGAAGUCAGUGCCCCUUUGGCCCUGUCUUGCGGUGCACGUGGGGGCCAGAUUUGGGGGGGAUGUGCUUGACCUUCCCUCUGGGCCGGAGGCAAAUCCCCUGCCUGUCCUUCUUCCUUCCUGCCCCAGGCCCUGAGCUGAGGACGGAGAGCACGGAGGACAAAUCCCCCCGGCAGAGCCUGGUGGGAGAGGCCGUUUUGAAGGGCUCCCCGGCGCAGGAAGGCAGCGGGGAGGAAAAGGCCCGGAGAUGCCCCCGGAGGAGGGGCUGCAAAGCCAGCCCAGGGAGCUCUGAGGAGGAAAGACCCGUCCUGUGCCGGGAAGGCGACUGGAGCUUGAGCCGGAGCUCAGAGCUGGUGGUCCCUGAGCAGCCUCCCAGCAGGGAGAAGCCCUUCAGGUGCUUGGAAUGUGGGAAGAGCUUCAAGAAGAGCUCCCACCUCCUCAGCCACCAGCUCAUCCACACUGGGGAACGACCCUACAUGUGUAGGGAAUGUGGGAAGAGCUUCAGGCAAAGCUCUAACCUGCUCCAACACCAGCGCAUCCACACUGGGGACCGGCCCUUCAAGUGUGGGGAAUGUGGGAAGAGCUUCAGCCAGAGCUCCACCCUUCUCAGGCACCAGCUCAUCCACACUGGGGAACGGCCCUACAAGUGCUUGGAAUGUGGGAAGAAGUUUAAGACCAGCUCAACUCUUCUCAGGCAUGAGCAGACACACACAGGGGAGAGACCCUUCCGCUGCACCGACUGUGGGAAGGGCUUCAACCAGAACUCCACCCUUGUCAACCACCAGCGCAUCCACACUGGGGAGAGGCCCUACAAGUGUGGGGAGUGUGGGAAGAGCUUCACCCAGAGCUCCCACUUGACCAAACACCAACGGACCCACCAGUAAGGGAAGCCCUACGAGUGCCCCGACUGCGGGAAGAGCUUCUGCCGUUGCUCUGACCCCGAAUGACCCCCCUGAUGGUGAGGCAACCCCUGGAGUCCAGUGACUGUCAGUCCGUCCCUUUCUACCAGAAAGGGCCAGUCCCCUUUGCCAGGGGCAGGUUGUGCCAACAAAGCCCUUCUUGAGUGGGAUGUGGAGAUUCCUGCCUUGGCUGGGACCCCCCAAGAUCACUGCUGGAGGUUGAGAGCAGAGAUCUCCCCCCGAGCGUUGGUCUGAGGGAGUUCCAUCCAUCUCUAAUUCAUAAUUCUUGCUUUGGUGCCAGCUUGAGUAGAAUUGCUCCAACAAUUGCUUUAGUGUAGAGCAGUGUCCUAUCUUAUGCUGUAGUACUGGUAGUUUUAGUGUUUUUAUUGUGCAGUAAAUAAUUCUGAUGAAGAUCUUUUGUCUGAUCAUUUGUUACCCUAAAUAAUUAAUUUCUAUCAAUAGAUCUGAUUUACCUUCAUUAAAACCUGAGGGACAAAAGUUGUUCAGUCCCACCUCUGUAAUUCCUCUAAACUGAACCUGUUGUCAUAACCCAAGGCUGAGAUUGGAUCCAGCAGCCCCAGCACCCCACAGUCAGUUGGAAGCUCAGGGAGCCACCCCCUUUUCCCAACACCCCUCAGCCCAAAGACCCCCAUGGUACAGUCAGACUGUGUAGACCACCCCCCUUUUUCUACCCUUCUCCCUGUUCCUCCCACUUUUCCAUGGUCUCCUGUUACAAUCUGCUUAAAUACUGCAGAAAGAACUUGAGAUUCAAAUAUUCCCUUAAGCAAAACUAAAACUCACACAAUUACACAAUUUAUCUGUUGAUACCAAAAACUGAUUUUUAUUAAUUGCUAAGAGAUGCACAGAAAAAGGAAAAAUAAGAAAAGGUUGGAAACUGCUAAGAUUAUUUCUAGAAGCAGAAAAAAGAUAUCACCGAAAACUUCUUUUUCCCACUGAGCUGGUCUGUGUGUGGGGGAAGAGAAGCAGUUUCUGCCUUUUUUUUGUCUGUCCCUGCAGCUUUUGGAUGUUGUCUCUGUAGCUGCAGGGGUUCUGACAGCUUUAGUUCUCUGCAAUGCACCAUGUGUGGUUUCACCGCUCACGCCCCUGUCCCAGGCCGUGCAGGGUCUCAGCUCAGCCGAAGCUUUGGGCCCUCAGAAAUAUGGUCAGGGUAGAAGGAUAAGGUAGAACUCCCACAUGUGGCACGGUGGUCUCAGCUCUCUCCAGGCCGGCACAGUUCCAGUCUCCGGUGGCAGGCAGGCAGCACGCGGUGGUGGAGAAAAGGUGAGGGGAGGUGGGGAGAGAUUCUCGGCUACAGUCACCAGUUCUUCUCCCUUUCCUCUCCCUGAUUUUCCAAAAUUUGUCCUCAACUUUUAUCAUGUUCAAAAGAGGUUGAACGUGUUUUCUUGGUACGUAGCCAGUUUCGAUGUUGGAGGAGAUAUGAUAACCAUAAACAUAUAACAGGAUUUUUUGGCAGGAAAAGUGCCGUGGGAAGUCCUUGUGGAAACUUCUGGCAGAGAGCUGACAGAGAAUGUUUGAUAGGAAGUUUUUGACAGGCAGAAACAAUUUUUGGCAUUUCUGUAUUAUCUGUGUGUUACAGAUGGUUGCCAUGGUAAAUGAUAUAACUGGGAAUGCAUAAUGGUUGCCAUGGUAACCACAAUAACAAUGAGACUUCAUAAUGGUUGCCGUGGUAACCGAUCAUAACAAUGAGAAUGCACAAUGGUUGCCAUGGUAACCGAGGUCACAGUGAGAAUGCACAAUGGUUGCCAUGGUAACCGUGGUAACAAUGAGAAUGUAUAAUGGUUACCAUGGUGUGAGGGGGGGAAUUUUGAUUCAGAUGAUCAGUGGAGCAUAGAGGGGUGAGAAAGUGAUUACAUUUGUAUGUGAAAUCAGCCAGAAUAUUGUACAAUGUGACUUUGUUGCACAAGUUGACUGUAGGGCCCACUGUGUCUAUAGCAAUUUUAAUUGGAUAUCCCCCAUUAUCAGAGCUGAGUUCCUCCUUGGCUUGGCUCCACUCUGCAAGACAGAUACAAAUUCCCUUGAAACACAAUGGUAGAGGUCAUCCGUAAGGCUGAGGAAGGUGAUGGAGAGGAAGAUGAUGUGGGCAGGGAUCGUUGGCCCCUUGCCCUACAGUGGGGCACGCCCAGACUGUUGCCAUGAGGUGAUGAACGGGCGCUGUUUGGCUGCCACUCAAGCACCACCUUCUGCUGCGUCCUGGCCCUACGUAGUGUAAUGUAGAGCUGAUGGAAUGGGGUGUCAGCACUGCUGGGUGGAGCGAUGCUCAUCCUUCCAUCCACACUGUGCUGCUCCGCGGGGACACCCGCCAAGCACGGGCACCGACCAGCCCUGCAGAGCCUGGUAGGCCUGGCCUGUCUGUGCAGAUGAGCACAGUUUAUUGAUAGGAAGAAACCAAGAAAGCAAACAUUUUAUUUCCUUUUUUUUUAUCCCUUUAAUUCCCUUUUUACUAGCUAAUGCUGUAAUAAAAGCUGUUCGUAGUAUUGUAUGCAUGGCAACUGAUAAAGUAGUGGUUUUAUUUUUUUCAACUUUUGAUUCUCUUUGCUAAUAGUUUUUAUAAAUUUUAUUCUCACUGCAAAAAAAGAUUUUUUUGUAGUGUUUGAA